CCCCGUGGUCCGGGGUGAGUCCCAUCGUGUGUGCGCUGGGGACUGGAGCUAGGGAGGCAGCUCCUCAUUCCACCUCCAGGAAGUCAAACUGGAGGAAGGAGGGCAAACUCGGGGAGGCGGGGCUCGGUGCUACUGGGCAGCCGAGACGGCCCGCGGUCCUCAACCCCCACGCCGCUUCAGAUCCGGGAUCCGAGCGCUGGCCGGCGUCCGGGCACUCUCACGGCCAGAUGGCGGACCCCCGCCCAGAUCCUGAGUCAGAGCCCGAAUCCGUGUUCCCACGGGAGGUCAGACUCUUCGCCGACUCUUACUCGGAGGAGAGCCGGUUCUACUUCUGUGGGCACGUGCUGAGCAUCACGGAGAACUUCGGCUCCCGCCUCGGGGUGGCAGCGCAUGUGUGGGACGCGGCUCUAAGCCUGUGCAACUAUUUCGAGAGUCAGAAUGUGGAUUUCCGAGGCAAGAAAGUGAUCGAACUGGGCGCUGGGACGGGCAUCGUGGGUAUCUUGGCAGCGCUGCAGGGGGGGGAUGUUACCAUCACUGACCUGCCCCUGGUCCUAGAACAGAUCCAGGGCAACGUCCAGGCCAAUGUGCCGGCUGGAGGCCGGGCCCAGGUCCGCGCCUUGUCCUGGGGGAUUGACCAGCAUGUCUUCCCUGGAGACUAUGACCUGGUGCUGGGGGCUGAUAUCGUGUAUCUGGAGCCCACCUUUCCACUGCUGCUGGGGACCCUCCAACACCUGUGCGGGCCCCAUGGCACCAUCUAUCUGGCUUCCAAGAUGAGAGAGGAGCACGGGACAGAGAGCUUCUUUCAGCACCUCCUGCCCCAGCAUUUCCAACUGGAGCUGGCCAAGCGGGAUGAGAAUGAGAAUGUUAACAUCUAUAGGGCCAGGCACAGGGGACCAAGACCUGCUUGAUGUCACCCUUCUGCUCCUCUGAACACCUUGUUCUGAUGAAGGAACUGCCAUAUGUCCAGAGCCGUAAACAUAAGGACCAAAAACGAUGGAUUUCCCUUGCCGCUGUCUUUCCUCCUUCCCUUUUUGUUUCCUGAGAUACUCUUGGUUAGGUGCAGGGAGGUGAUCCGUGCUAGGAAUACUAGAGCCCUAGCUGUACUGGGCUAGAGUGCAAAGGAAAUUCCCAGUUCCUGUUCUCAGCAGAGGAAGAUGGGAGGGUAUCCAGGACUUUAGGGGAAGGGGAGGUAAGUGGGAUACGUGAACAGUGACUGCAGAGAGACAGUCAUGAUCCCAUCUAGUCCUGCUGUUGUCUUUUUAUACAGAAUGGAUUUUUUUUCCAGAUUCUACUGGAAUUUUUAAAAAAGGAAAAUAAAUAAGCAUUAAAGAUCUCUUCUGCAUCCAGAGAACUCGGGCUUUUACCGGGGGGCUGGGAAGCAAGAAACCUCCGACCACCCACUUCUUGCUUCUAGAGAUAGUCUGGUGGAACCAUGGCUCUAACUGGGCCAAGUCCUCUCAGCCCUGAAGUUGGGUAUAGGCAGCAGAGCUGUCCUUUGGACCAUAGCUCCUUCACUCUUUGGAGUUGGAGCCCUGAUCACUAAGUGCCAGGUUCUCUUUGAUUUUUCUUUAGGUUUCCAGUCCCUGUCAGUCCUACCUUCCUAAUGUGUUUUGCCUUCACCUCUUUUCUCCUCCCACUGUGGGGCCUCUGAUGGGGGCUCUCCUGACUUACUCCUUGGGCCACACAUCACCUCCUGGGGCCUCCUGGCCUCCAUUCACUCCCCUUCAAACCAUUUUGUAAACUCUGGUGAUCUUCCAAAAUCAGCUCUGAUUAGCUUCUGCUGCUGCCCAACAGAAGCAAGAAUAAGCUCUUCUGCUUGGUACUCAGUGUGUCCCGUGUGAUCCCAAAUUACCCUUCUACUUCAUUUCCUACUGGUUUCCUACAUGUAUUGCAACCUCUGGCCAAAUUACAAAAGGUCUACUCUUUGUUCCCUAAAUCCACACCAAGAUUCCCUGGCUUCUUCCUUCAUUCUUUUUUAUGAUUCCCUGCCUGGAAGGGCUAUUUCUACCUCUCAAAAUCUUCAUUAUUCUUAGUUUCUCUCCUGAAAAAAGCUUUUCCUGAGCCUCCUGUUUGAAUAUGAUUUCUUUCUCCCUUGAGACGCUUUAACUAACUGUUCGUCUUGUGAGGCUUACCUUGUCUUGUGUGAUCAUUUGUCUGCUCCCUAUUUUCUCACCAUUAGAUUACCGUGGAGGUCAGGGCUAUGGUUCCUGGCACACAGUUGGUGUUCAUCAAAUGUUUUUGUUCGUUCAAUAAAUAUUUACUCCUCCUCUCUAUGUGACCUUGGCCAAACUUCUGAACCCACCCAACUACCUCACGUUUGUCAUGAGUCAUAAAUGGAUAAUGAAUAUGAAAGUACAUUGGAAAUAAACAUGAAGUGUUACCACG